CAAUGACACAAGUUGAAACUCUUUAAACAACAUAACUUCCUCAAUCAUUGCAAGAGUGAACACCGCUGAUCUUCACGCACAGAAACAAACAUUUUUCAAAAGUCCAGAAAAACAGGAGGUUUGUGAGCAUCUUCACUUUAGGUAAAGAACAACAGGACUUGUGCCUUGUGUCUCGCAAUUUUUUCUUUACGCCACCUGAAACAGACUGGAAUUUCUUGUUUCCUGUAAUGAAAGUAAAACUUCUGUCACUCACAGUUUAAAUUUCAGGAGCUGAUGGAGAACCUAAGAGCAGCGCAGAAACACAAUGAAGAUGUCAUUAAAGAUCUGAAGAAGGAAAUCUCUGAGCAGGAGAUGAUGAUAGAGAAUCAUAAAGCAGCAGAGAAACAUGAUGAAGAUGUCAUUAAACAUCUGAAGGAGGAGAUCACUGAGCUGAAGAAGAGAAACACUGAGCUGGAGAUGGUGAAACAGAAGCAGAUAACUUCAGAGAGACGGAAUGAUGUUAUUAAAGAUCGAGAUAAGAUCACUCAGCUGAAGAAGAGAAACACUGAGCUGGAAAUGGCGAAACAGAAGCAGAAAACAGUACAGAGAAAGAAUGAAGAUGUUAUUAAAGAUCUGAAGGAGGAGAUCACUGAGCUGAAGAAGAGAAACACUGAGCUGGAGAAUGCGAAACAGAAGCAGAAAACAGUACAGAGAAAGAAUGAAGAUGUUAUUAAAGAUCAUAAGGAGGAGAUCACUGAGCUGAAGAAGAGAAACAUUGAGCAGCAGCAGAAGAUCUCAAACACUGAAGAUAAUCUCCGCCUCAUACAGGAAAAACAUCAGAAAGACUUGAGUCGUCAGCAGAAGUCUUCAUCUGAGCAUUCUUUUAAGUUCUGGUUCCUGUUUGUGGGAGUCCUGUUUGUGUUGUCUGCUUGUUUUAUUCAGGCUUACAAAAACAUACAACCCCGUGAAGCUGAAAAAACUGAAGUGAAGAUGAAAAACAAUGAGCUGGACUUAGAUAUGCAACGCUGUAAAGCUGAAUUGAAGUUGAAGUGGAUGCAGCAGUUUGCAGUGGAUGUGACUCUGGAUCCUGAUACAGCUCAUCCUAAUGUCAUUCUGUCUGAUGAUGAGAAACAAGUGAGACAUGGAGACAUUUAUCAUGAACUCCCAGACAACCCAAAAAGGUUUGAUUAUCUGGUAUAUGUCCUUGGAAAGGAGGGAUUCUCAUCAGGGAGAUUUUAUUAUGAGGUUCAGGUGAAGGGAAAGACUGACUGGACUUUAGGAGUGAUCAGAGAAUCUGUUAACAGGAAGGGAGAUAUCACACUGACACCAGUGAAGGGACUCUGGACUGUGGUGUUGAGGAAUGAGAAUGAAUAUCAAGCUCUUGAUGAUCCCUCAGUGUCUCUGUCUCUGAGUGUAAAGCCACAGAAGAGUAACUUACCCAACACUGCCUACAUCUCAGAUGGCCUAAGGGACCACAACAGGGAAAUAUCAACGAUGGAAUCUUCAUCAACAAGUAGAGAAACUGGAAGUUGUAGUAAAGAACAACCUCGAACAACGCUGAAGGCUGUGAAGUUAAGUCUGGUGUGUCAGAGCUCUUACUCUAAACCUCACCUGGAGUCUCAUUUGAGAGAGUCAGAAUUGCAGAAGCACAAACUGAUUGAUCCUGUGAAGAAUCUGCAGGACAGUAAAUGUCAGAAUCACGACAGGCCUCUGAUGCUCUUCUGUAGAGAUGAUCAGACAUGUGUGUGUUUCAUCUGCACCUUGACAGAUCACAAGAACCACAACAUUGUUCCUUUAAGAGAGUUUAAACUUCAGGAGAUAAUGGAGAACAGAAAAAUAGCGCAGAAACACAAUGAAGAUGUCAUUAAAGAUCUGAAGAAGGCAAUCUCUGAGCAGGAGAUGAUGAUAGAGAAGCAGAAAGCAACAGAGAAACAGGAUGAAGAUGUCAUUAAACAUCUGAAGAAGGAGAUCACUGAGCUGAAGAAGAGAAAUACUGAGCUGGAGAUGAUGGAGGAGAGGCAGAAAGCAACAGAGAAACAGGAUGAAGAUGUCAUUAAAGAUCUGAAGGAUGAGAUCACUGAACUGAAGAAGAGAAACACUGAGCUGGAGAUGGUGAAACAGAAGCAGAUAACAGCAAAUAGACAGAAUGAAGAUGUUAUUAAAGAUCUGAAGGAGGAGAUCACUGAACUGGAGAGGAGAAACACUGAGCUAGAGAUGGUGAAACAGAAGCAGAAAACGGCAAAUAGACAGAAUGAAGAUGUCAUUAAAGAUCUGAAGGAGGAGAUCACUGAACUGGAGAAGAGAAACACUGAGCUGGAGAUGGUGAAACAGAAACAUAUAACAGCAAAUAGGCAGAAUGAAGAUGUUAUUAAAGAUCUGAAGGAGGAGAUCACUGAACUGAAGAAGAGAAACACUGAGCUGGAGAUGGUGAAACAGAAGCAGAAAACGGAAAAUAGACAGAAUGAAGAUGUCAUUAAUGAUCUGAAGGAGGAGAUCACUGAACUGAAGAAGAGAAACAUUGAGCUGGAGAUGAUGAAACAGAAGCAGACAACAGAAGAGAGACUGUAUGAAGAAGUCAUUAAACAUCUGAAGGAGGAGAUCACUGAACUGAAGAAGAGAAACACUGAGCUGAAGAAGAGAAACACUGAGCUGGAGAUGGUGAAACAGAAGCAGAUAACAGCACAGAGACAGAAUGAAGAUGUUAUUAAAGAUCUGAAGGAGGAGACCACUGAACUGAAGAAGAGAAAUACUGAACAGCAGCAGAAGAUCUCAAACACUGAAGAUGAUCUCCGCCUCAUACAGGAAGAACAUCAGAAAGACUUGACUCGUCAGCAGAAGUCUUCAUCUGAGCGUUCUUUUAAAUUCUGGUUCCUGGUUGUGGGAGUCCUGUUUGUGUUGUCUGCUGGUUUUAUUCAGAUUCACAAUCACACACAAUGUCCUGAAGCUGAAAGUCUUCAGUCAUCAAACACACAAAUCACUGAACUGAAGCAGAGAAACAAUGAGCUGAAUUUAGACAUACAACGCUGUAAAGCUGAAAGUCUUCAGUCAUCAAACACACAAAUCACUGAACUGAAGCAGAGAAACAAUGAGCUGAACUUAGACAUACAACGCUGUAAAGCUGAAACAUUAGAAAGACUUGAGGCAACAAAAACGGAAAUCAGUGAAUUGAAGAAGAGACACAAUGAGCUGAACUUAGUAAUGCAACGCCGUGAAGCUGAAAUCACUGAACUGAAGAAGAAAAACAAUGAGCUGGAAUCACAAUUGAAAUUCUGUAAAGCUGGACCUUCAGAGAAUUUCUCCAUGAUGCCUCUCCUGAUUGUGGCGGUACUUGUCUGGUAUAUAGUUUCUAAGUGUGGUACUCCGGGAACAUCAGAAAGUCUUCAGUCAUCAAAAACAGAAAGCGCUAAUUUGGAGAGAAUCAAUGAGCUGGAAACACAAUUGGAACGCUGUAAAGCUGAAUUGAAGGAGAAGAAGACACUGUGGGGUCUGUUUUAAUGAAAGCCAAUAUUUUUUUUUGAGAUACAUUUUUUUUUUUUAAGUAAAGAAUGAAUGUAGAGAAAUGUUUUAUUGUACACCCCAUUACAAAAUUUCUUCACAUCAUCUUAACUGUAAGUUUAACUUAUCAUUUUAGUAAUCAGAAAUGUGAAGAGAUGUGUUUUUUUCACACUCUGUUACAGGAUUUUUUAGGUGUUUGGUAAGGCAAACAAAACUAUCACUUAUUGUGAGUACUUAUUGUGUCCUCUUAAGUGUGAACUUUGCAGUUAGUUCUUCCUUCAGUAAACUUAUUUUGUCUAAUAAUUUGUUAAUUUUUCUUAAAAGUUUUUUAUUCUGUAUUAAAAUCUCCUCAGCACCUGAUGUCUUAAAGUUAACACACUGUUUUAUGUUAUGUAUUUAACAAAUUACAUGUUACUUAAAACACACAUUGUGUUGACUUCUGAUACAAGUUGUGUUGAAAGUAAUUGAAAACGUGUUGUCCAAAGAUUGAACACAAUGAUGUUCAGUUAAGGACACCAGAUUAAUUACUCAUCCUAAUGUCAUUCCAAACAUGUACAGUGUGACUUUCUUCUGGAAGAAAUAUCUUGAAUGAAAGAUAUUUUAAAGAACAUUGGUAACUAAAGAUCAUUGAACCCCAUUGACCCCAUCAAAUGAACACAAAACCACUGAGACAUUUCUCAAAAUAUCUUCUUUUGUGUUUCACAGAAGAAACUGUCAUACAGGUUUUGAACGACAUGAGGGUAAACAUAUUUUUAUAAGAUAUUUCUGAUUAUGAUAUUCUUUUCACAAACUGUGUUUCUCCUUGCUUGUGAACUAUUAAAAUGUUUAUUAUAAAUGUUGA